CCUCCACCCUAAAACUCAUAAAGCACCAGCAAUUCUCUGUCCCUCUCUAUCUCCCACAGAGAGUCACUCACACACAAGAUCGAAUCUCUCUCCAUUUAUCCGUGUUUUGCCCUUGUUAACGGUAAAGCAAUUCGCCGGCGAACUCAGAUUUCUUCUUUCCUUCUCCGUGUUCAUGUGCCUGGUGACUCUGCCUUCUUUGAUAUACAAUCUCCGGUGCAUUGACUGUGAAUCAAGAAAUUGCUUGAAGCAGAAUCUACUGCUUUAUACAUUCCUCUGGUGGUGAUUGAGAGGGAAAUGAAGGAUGUUCUCUUGGGUGGGGAAGUUAGCAUCAGCAUUAUGGUUACCUUUAAGUCUAUAUGCCCGUAUGAACAAGGAUGACAACUUGGAUGACGAUAAGGAUGCCCUCCUAUGGUGUAAGGAUCUCGAAAAACAUGCAUUUGGAGAAUUCUCGUAUGCAAUUGUACAGGCCAAUGACGUUUUAGAAGAUCACAGCCAGGUGGAGAUCGGUCGAAACGCCACCUUCGUUGGCGUUUAUGAUGGCCAUGGUGGCCCAGAAGCCUCACGCUACAUCUGUGAUCAUCUUUUCCCUCAUCUCAUCCGGUUGUACUUCAUCCUCUCAUGAUUUGUACUGUGUGUAUGGUCUUGCUCGAGAAAAGGGAUUGAUAUCCUCAGAAAUCCUCAAAGAUGCUGUUUCUGCUACCGAAGAUGGAUUUCUCUCCCUGGUGCGCAGGACAUGUGGGAUUAAGCCGUUAAUGGCUGCAGUUGGUUCUUGUUGUAUAAUUGGGCUCAUAUCCGAAGGCACAUUGUAUGUUGCUAACAUGGGCGAUUCUAGAGCUGUAAUAGGGCGUUUAAGUAGGCGCAGAUCAAAUAAAAUCAUAGCUGAGCAAAUCACCGAAGAUCAUAACGCUUGUAUAGAUGAAGUUAGACAAGAACUCAAGUCAGAUCAUCCAGAUGACCCGCAUAUUGUUGUCAUGAAACAGGGCGUGUGGCGUAUCAAAGGCAUUAUUCAGGUUUCAAGAACCAUAGGAGAUGCAUACUUGAAGAAGCCGGAAUUUGCUCUUGAUCCGUCGUUCCCACGGUUCCACCUUCGUGAACCUAUCCGACGACCUGUUUUACGAAAUGGCCCCUCUCUGCACACCAGAGAGUUAAAACCCGACGACAAGUUUCUUGUGUUUGCAUCAGAUGGACUGUGGGAACACCUGACAAAUCAACAAGUUGUCGAGAUUGUUCACAAUAACCCACGAUCAGGUAUUGCGAGAAGACUCGUUAAAGCAGCCAUGAUUGAAGCUGCAAGGAAAGGAAAGAAGAAGUAUGAUGAAGUGAAAAAGAUCGAGAAAGGGUCUAGGCGUGCUGUUCAUGAUGAUAUCACAGUAAUUGUCGUUUUUAUCUACCAACAGACAAACGUAGAAAUUGAUGAAAUGUCUAUCCGUGGGUUCACCAACUCGACUACGCCAUCCACUUUUCGCACCUUGCAAGUGAGUUGAAGGGAUUAAUGUGGUGUCAUGAAUGAUAUAAAGCAAAAAAUCAACGAGUUUUGGGUCGAAGAGAUCUUUUUUUCGGAUUCUAACACAAUUUCUACGUACUUGAUCUUGGCUCAUAUAUUCUAAGUCUUUUUUUUUCUUUUCUAUUUUGUCGUCUUAUUUUCGAUCCUGGUUUGAUCCCUUUUUCUCAAUGAAUCGUUGAUUUGUUGGUUCUUUUGAUCGAUCAAAAGAACCAACAGAGGUAUGUACUAUACAUAACACACUUCAAAAUUCGUUGAAUUUGAAUCUUAUGU